AAUCUGGCGGGCAGGAAAACUCCCGGUCCCGCCCGUCCGUCAGAGCCCGGCGGGGGGAGAAGCUCCCGGUCCCGCCUCCUCAGGGCCGGAGCGGGCGGGGCCGGGGGCCGUGCGUCACUUCCCGCGGCCGGAAGGUUCCAGAGGUUCCACGGGGAGCCGCCAUGGCCGUGGCGCGGGAGGAGUUGCAGAAAGAUUUGGAAGAAGUUAAAGAGCUGCUCACGAAUGCCACUAGGAAGCGGGUGCGUGAUGUCCUUGUGGCAGAGAAACAAAAGCUGGAGCUGGAAAUCAAGAAUCAGCCUCUGCCGAAGCCAAAAGAUGUGGCAGAGGAAGAAAAGUCAUCGCUGGGAGGGUACACAGUGAAAAUAAACAAUUAUGGUUGGGAUCAGUCAGAUAAGUUUGUUAAGAUUUACAUCUCUUUAAAUGGUGUCCAGAAGCUUCCCGCUGAGAAUGUGCAGGUGAAUUUCACAGAGAGGUCAUUUGAUCUGCUAGUGAAGAAUCUGAAUGGGAAGAACUACACCAUGACCUUCAACAACCUCCUGAAGCCCAUCUCAGUGGAAGGCAGCUCUAGAAAGAUAAAGACAGACAUGAUCCUUGUCAUGUGUAAGAAGAAGCGGGAGGAAAAAUGGGAUUGUCUCACUCAAGUGGAAAAAGAAAGCAAAGAGAAAGAGAAGGCUGCCUAUGACACCACAGAUCCUAGUGAAGGGCUUAUGAACAUUUUAAAAAAGAUGUAUGCGGAAGGAGACGAUGAGAUGAAGCGCACCAUCAAUAAGGCCUGGGUUGAAAGCAGAGAAAAGCAGUACAAAGGGGACAUACCAAUGGAUAUCUGAAAGCACUCUAAGGGGCUGCCUUAAAACUGAUCUUCCAUGUGAGACACGCUGUGCUGCAAAGAUCAUCGUUUACAUAACCUUCUUCCAAGCAAAGACAGUCAUUUUCCAUUUCAGGUUGGAGAAAAUAUUUAAAUAAAAUAGCUUCUAAAGCA